CGUAGACGCUCGAUCGUCGAUCAGUCGUCGCCGCGCGUUCGCGGGGAGUCCAUCGUGCGAGUCCGUCGUUUCGUCUUCUUCGGACAAGUUCGUUCUCUCUCGAGAAUAUACGAUUAUCGUAUCUCGAAGGCUUCUUUAUACGAAUAAAUAAAUCGAAGUAGAAGAUAAGAAGUAAGAUAAUAAAAGAAAGAAGAAAGAAAAAAGAAAAGAAAAGAAAAGAAAAGAAAAGAAAAGGAAAGGAAAAAAGAAAAAAGAAAAGAACAUUAAAAGAAAAAUCGAGUUAAGUUAUCUAUCUCGUGUAAGGGCUCGCAGGAUGACGAGGAUCAAGAACGAUCCUUUUAAUAUUAUCGUGGUACGACGCGUUCUGUGACGUUUCAUGUCCCAGUUCGAAGUUAUGAUCAAGGAGAUCAAAGAAAUAAGAUAAGAGAUCAUCAAACACAUAUACCUACAUUUUUAUAUCGUCGACGGAAAAUGCCAAGGAUCGCACGGGAUACGAUAGUCGUCCUUUGGUGGAUCCGGCGAUCCAUCCUGGCAUAUUGCAUCAGAAAUCUGACACGACCCUCGAAAGUCUUCUGAAGAAGCAGGAUGCACCAUACGGCGCCGUGGUAUUUACCUUGGGGCCUGAAGCUGGUGCCACUACCGAUACCGCCAGGACAUCCGGCAUCCGGUCUACCCAAUCCCGGAUUGCAUCUAUUGGCACCCUUACCGGGCAUUUAUGCUCCGGAACCACGAAAGAUCGAUUUGAAGCCCCUUCGCGAAACAACGAUACCACUGCCCGCCUCGAAGGUUACGGAAAAACGAAAAGCCGAGGAGGCCGAUACCAGCAAGGACUUGAAAAAGGCGAAAUUGGAAACGAAAGCAUUGAAAGCAAAGAGGCCAGGAUUCACCGACGAGCGUUACAAUGAGACCAGUUAUUACGUGGAAAACGGGCUUCGAAAGGUAUAUCCCUAUUACUUCACAUUUACAACGUUCACGAAAGGCCGAUGGGUCGGCGAGAAGAUCUUGGAGGUCUUUGCGAGGGAAUUUCGUGCCCAUCCUGCGGAGGAAUACGAGAGAUGUAUACGUGCUGGUACGCUCACCGUCAAUUAUCAAAGGGUGGACGUGGAUUAUAGAUUGCGACACAACGACCUUCUGGCUAACAUCGUUCAUAGACACGAGGUGCCUGUCACCUCGGAGCCGAUCACGGUGAUACACAUGGACGAGGACGUCGUCGUGGUCAACAAGCCCGCCUCCAUCCCUGUACAUCCCUGUGGACGUUAUCGACACAACACGGUCGUCUUCAUUUUGGCCAAGGAGUACAACUUGAAGAAUCUUAGAACGAUCCAUAGGCUGGAUAGAUUGACCAGUGGAAUAUUACUUUUUGGUAGGACACCUAAGAAAGCAAGACAAAUGGAACAUCAGAUAAGAAACAGACAGGUGCACAAACAAUACGUGUGCCGGGUCGAAGGUGAAUUUCCGGAGGAAGAAGUGGUCUGUUCAGAACCGAUCGAGGUCGUUUCCUACAAGAUAGGUGUUUGCAAGGUAUCCGAAAAGGGCAAGGACUGCGUCACACGUUUCAAACGGUUGAGUUACAAUGGAAAAUCUUCAGUGGUACUUUGCAAACCUCAAACCGGUCGUAUGCAUCAAAUACGAGUUCACUUACAGUAUCUCGGUUAUCCCGUGGUGAAUGAUCCUCUUUACAAUCACGUAGUCUUUGGUCCGCACAAAGGAAAGGGCGGUAAUAUCGGUAAAACCGACGAGGAGUUGGUCAGAGAUCUCAUUAGCAUUCACAAUGCCGAGAAUUGGCUUGGCAUGGAUGGGGACUCUGAGAUGAGUCUGUUCAAAUCGAAACUCGACAUGGAGGAACGCGAUUUGGCUGGCAACGAUAAGAACGUUAACUCCUCGCCUGAGGAAGCAUCUUCGACGGCUACAUUGUCCGAGGAGGAACGGCCCCAGCAAGAACUUAAGUCUCUCAAAGUGACGGUUGGAACACAAACGGGUUCAGAGCCGCCCGAUCAAAGCUUCGCCAACGAUAAGGUCAUCGUCGAUCCCCACUGCUACGAGUGCAAAGUCAAAUACAGAGAUCCAAAACCAUCGGAUCUAGUGAUGUACCUUCACGCGUGGCGUUACUGCGGACCAGGCUGGGAAUACGAGACACCACUUCCUGCGUGGGCAGCCAGCGAUUGGACGGCCGAUGAUCGAUAGUUUACGAAGAUAUUGGGAAAUGCGUGUAACGCGAUAUAUCGACCAAUAAUUCCCGAUGAACGAUCAUCGCGAACUAUCAUCGUGACCGACCCUUCAACAAUUUUUUUGAUAUCCUUACCCCGUGCCUUCCAUCCGCGAACGAGCGAUCGUGACCAUCGUACGUGACUUUGUCCGGAAAGUAACGAGACUUGCAAUAUUCAGAUAACGUUUUCACAUUCACUCCUCGACGGUUCAAGAAUAAAAAAAAAAAAAAGAAUAAAAAAAGGAAAAAAAGAAUAAAUAAAAAAAAA